AACAUCUCAACCUUUAUGUGGACCAUCACCGAUAUUUGAUUAUGAAGAAUUUGAAAAACAAGAAAAGAAUAAAGGUUUAAUUGUUGAGCAUAAAGAGAUUAAUAAAGAUGAUCCAAGAUAUACAGAAGCGAAGAAAAAAUGCACAGAG